CAUCGUAUCGAUCGGUCGUCUAAUCGCUCGGUUUUUCUUUCUCGUGUAAGAACAUGAAACACAGCAAGUGUUCCAAUCUCACGAUGGCAAUUUGUCUACCACCUCGCAUUAUAUUUAUGCUAAAUUAAGCAAUUUAGAAUUUAUGCUAAAGAAGAAAAAUUGUAAUAUUCUGGAUAUUUGAGAGAGUGGGACAUGCAAAUUCUUUACGACGUUCACGCGGUCAAACGCGUACCGUUUCUCGUAGAGUGAUGAUCUGCGUCAAGAGUCACUUUAAAUUCAAUCGGAUUCUUCUGCUCUCGAUUGGCUUGUGGCCUUAUGAACGAACAAAACUCGUUCAACUUCAGGCAGUUUUGGUUUUUAUUCUUUUGUCUAGCAGUGUUAUACAUCAGCUUGCAACGCUUGUAUUUACAAAAUGCACUUCAGCUCUUAUCAUCAAUGUUCUCUCUAUCGCAUUGUACUUUAGUACGUUUGCGAUUUUAUACCAUUCUUUUUGGAUUAACAAUGAUGCUAUGAAGUGGUUAUUAGAUAAACUUCAGCAUAUUUGUAACGAUCUAAAAGAUGAGAAGGAGAUCGCUAUUAUAAUAAAAUAUGGAAACAUCGCGAAACGUCUCACGGCUUUAUUCACGUUGUGUCAUGUGUGCAACAUAAGUUCUAUAAUAUUAUUAUCAGGUUUAUUGUAUUUUCUUGAAGCUGUUUUGUUCGUAGAAGAGUCUGAUUCGUAUCACUUUUUUCAAAAAGGGUUGCCCAAGUUUAUUAUCGGUCGAGAAAACUGUACGUAUUUAAUAACGUUGCAUUUUUUUGGAGCUGGUUUUAUAGGAGGUACUGCUGUACUAGCAGUAGGAAUGAUGCUUGUGUCAUACUUCAAACAUGUCUGUGGAAUAUUUAGAAUCGCCAGUUAUCGCAUUGAAAAGGCAAUGGCGGUAAAUAUGCUGAAAAAUAUUAGCUUGGAAAACGAGAUUAUAAUUUGUAAGGAAAUAGUCCACGCUGUAGAUAUUCAUCGCAAAGCUAUCAAGAUCUCUACACUUUUGUUCUCUACUUUUAAUGGACCGCUAUCCUUAUUGUUGUUAGUUUUUGUGAUUUGUUUGAGCUUCAAUCUUUAUAGAAUAUCUGAAAGCAUAUCACGUGAGAACAACAUCGAACAAUGUCUUAUUCAUUUUGUAAUUAUAAUUGGAAUUUUUCUGUUCUUGUUUGUAACCAAUUAUAUCGGACAAGAAAUGACUGAUUACAAUAAUCACGUAUUUUUUACGGUAUACAAUGUCCGGUGGUACGUAGCACCUUUGCAUGUACAAAGGUUGAUACUGUUUCUCUUGCAAAAUGGCAGUAAAGCUUUUCACCUAUGUCUUGGCGGAAUGUUUUCAGGUUCCAUCGAACUUUUCGCCACGGUAAAAUAUCACUUUAUAUCGUAUGUUAUGUUUAACACAUUGUGUAUAGGUAUUCGAGCUUCGGCACAGAUAUAAUAUCGUACAAGCUGCAUUGCAUUCUAGUUAACAAAGGCAUCGUUGUCCUACUUCACUGUUGUAUAUUCUAUGCAACAUUGAUAUAAAAAAUAUAUCAUCUGAUAGCGUAAUUUGCUGUAAAAUAGGUAAGAUUUAAAACAAGUAAAUGUAUGGUGUGCGUAAUAUGUCAGUUGUAUGUUAUUGUAGAAUGUGUCAAGGAAACUUAUUAAACGUUUUAAUAUGCUCUGCGAAAAUAUGUGUGUUUAAAUAUUUUAGAUAUAACUAGUAUGGACAGUUUGAUGACUUGCAAUUUGUAGUAUUCUGUACCUUAUUAAAAAUAAUUACAUACCUAACAUGUUAGUUUGCAAUGCCGGUAUUGAUGUUCCUCUUAGUCGACAAAUAUGUAUGUUAUACGAAUGUAUGCAAUGAAAUGAAAUGAAGCACGUGAAACGGUCGUCGUGAGAAAAGACAACUGCGUUUGCGCGGGCUUCGGUUAAAAAC